UGUGCUCCUGCUCACCGCCCGGAACAUCUUCCACUAUGGCCAUCUCAGCAAGUCCCCACUUGAACAAAGGCAUCAAGCAGGUAUACAUGUCCCUGCCUCAGGGCGACAAAGUCCAAGCCAUGUAUAUCUGGACUGAUGGUACUGGAGAAGGGCUGCGCUGCAAGACUCGCACCUUGGACUGUGAGCCCAAGUGUGUAGAAGAGUUGCCUGAGUGGAAUUUUGAUGGGUCUAGCACUUUCCAGUCUGAAGGCUCCAACAGUGACAUGUACCUUAUCCCUGUUGCCAUGUUUCAGGACCCCUUUCGCAAAGACCCCAAUAAACUAGUGUUCUGUGAAGUUUUCAAGUAUAACCAGAAGCUUGCAGAGACAAAUUUAAGACACACCUGUAAAUGGAUAAUGGACAUGGUAUGCAACCAGCACCCCUGGUUCGGAAUGGAGCAGGAAUAUACUCUGAUGAGGACCGAUGGCCACCCCUUUGGUUGGCCUUCCAACAGCUUUCCUGGGCCCCAAGGUCCAUAUUACUGUGGUGUGGGAGCAGACAAAGUCUAUGGCAGAGAUAUUGUGGAGGCUCAUUAUCGGGCCUGCUUGUACGCAGGAGUCAAGAUUACAGGGACGAAUGCUGAAGUCAUGCCUGCCCAGUGGGAAUUCCAAGUAGGACCCUGUGAAGGAAUCUCCAUGGGAGACCAUCUGUCGGUGGCCCAUUUCAUCUUGCAUCGUGUAUGUGAAGACUUGGGAGUGAUAACAACCUUUGAUCCUAAUCUCAUUCCAGGGAAAUGGAGUGGUGCUGGCUGCCACACCAACUUCAGCACAAAAGCCAUGAGGGAAGAGAAUGGUCUGAAAUACAUUGAGGAGGCUAUCGAGAAACUAAGCAAGUGGCACCAGUACCACAUUCAUGCCUAUGAUCCCAAAGGGGGCCUGGACAAUGCCCGGCGCCUAACUGGAUUCCAUGAAACCUCCAACAUCAACGACUUUUCUGCUGGUGUAGCCAACCGUAGCGACAGCAUCCACAUUCCUCAGACUGUUGGCCAGGAGAAGGGUUACUUUGAAGACCGUCACCCUUCUGCCAAUUGUGACCCCUUUGCUGUGACAAAAGCCCUCAUCCGCACAUGUCUUCUCAAUGAGACUGGCGAUGAGCCCUUCCAGUACAAAAACUAAGUGGACUACACUUGCAGCUGUCGAGCCCCUCCUAGUUCUCUGCCUUCCUCCAGCUCUUCCCCAUGUUUCAGUUGUCCUA